GGCUGCAGAGUUCAGCAGGAGGUGAUGAAUGAGCUUCUUCUGGAUGAAGUGGCGGAGAAAACUAAUGUUAAACCAUCACUUACGAAUAAAUUAAGAGAAUCGCUGAGGUGCUCUGCUCCCAUGCUGAAGCGCUUUGUGUUGGGGUACAUUCCUGUUCUCUCCUGGCUGCCCCACUACUCCAUCCGGGACUGUGCUGUGGGGGACCUGGUGUCUGGCCUUAGUGUGGGCAUCAUGCACCUGCCUCAGGGCAUGGCAUAUGCCCUGCUGGCUGCAGUUCCCCCAGUGUUCGGUCUAUACUCCUCUUUCUACCCCAUUCUGGUCUACUUCAUCUUUGGGACAUCCCGUCACAUCUCAGUGGGUACUUACGCGGUGAUGAGUGUAAUGAUUGGGGCUGUGACGGAACGAUUGGCCCCGGACUCCGACUUCUUGGUGCUGCGCAAUGACACAAACAUGAGUGUGGUGGAUGUGGUGUCUCGGGAUGCUGAGAGGGUCAAAGUUGCUGCUGCUGUCACCUUCCUGUCUGGUCUCAUUCAGGUGCUGCUGAGUCUGAUACAUUUUGGCUUUGUGGUGACCUUUCUUUCGGAGCCCCUGGUUCGAGCAUACACCACUGGAGCUGCCAUCCAUGUCAUAGUCUCCCAGCUGAAAUACACCUUUGGUAUCUCCCCCCAUCGCUACAGGGGCCCCCUUGCUCUGUUGUAUACGGUGCAUGAGUUGUGUUGCUUGCUGCCCGAGACAAACAAUGCAACACUGAUCAUUAGUGCUGUGUCAAUAAUCGCACUGAUUGCUGUGAAAGAACUCAACACCCUGCUCUUCUACAGGCUGCCCUUCCCUGUCCCAGUGGAGCUGCUAGCUAUCAUCAUUGCCACACUAAUCUCCUGGUAUUUCAGUCUGAACUCAACAUACAAAGUGGAUGUGGUGGGAGAGAUCCCAUCAGGCCUCCAGUCCCCAGGUUUGCCCUCUGUUUCAGUUUUUGGGAGUGUUUUUGGUGAUGCUUUCGCUCUGUCUAUCGUGGGCUACAGCAUUUCCAUCUCCAUGGGCCGAAUUUUUGCUCUGAAAUACGAUUACAAGGUGGAUAGCAACCAGGAGCUGCUGGCCUUGGGUCUCAGUAAUGUGGUUGGGGGGAUGUUUCACUGCUUCGCUAUUAGCUGCUCAAUGUCCCGCAGUCUGGUCCAGGAAAACAGUGGGGGCAAAACUCAGAUGGCAGGUGUUGUGUCAGCUCUGGUGAUUCUGGUGAUCCUAUUGAAGAUAGGAGAGCUCUUCCAGCAGCUGCCAAAGGCAAUAUUGGCAGCUGUGAUCUAUGUGAACCUGCAAGGGAUGGUGAAGCAGUUUACUGAUAUCCCCACACUGUGGAGGAGGAACCGAGUGGACAUGCUGGUGUGGAUAGUGACCCUGAUCUCCACACUUCUGCUCAACCCUGACCUGGGCCUGGUUGCCUCCAUUGCCUUCGCUCUGCUCACAGUCAUCUUCAGAACUCAAAUGCCACAGUACUCCAUUUUAGGACAGGUUCAAGGAACUGAUAUCUACAAGCCUACAGAGGAGUACAAUCGGGUGAAGCAGGUGCCAGGCUUAUUGAUUUUCCGCUCUUCUGCCACUCUCUACUUUGCCAAUGCAGAGAUGUACGCAGAUGCCCUUGCACGGACGAGUGGGAUUGAUGUCACAGAGAUCCUGUCACUAAAGAAGAAGCAGAAAGAGGAUACACUGAGGAAGGAGAGGAAGGACGCUGCCAGAAAUGAACAUGAGAUGGUGAGGAGUGAGCCGCAGUCACAGUCAGAGGGUAACACUGAGGUGAGAAUGGGGGAGGGGCCUCAACCUGACCCCACCCCUCCACACACCAUCAUCUUGGACCUCAGUCCAGUAAACUUCCUGGACACUGCGGGAGUGAAGACACUGAGCAACAUCCAGAAGGACUAUGGGAAAAUUGGUGUGGAGGUAUUUCUAGCUGGGUGUCAGAACUGUGUUAUACAGAGUCUGGAGAGAUGCGGAUUCUUCAAUGAAACGGUCACCAAGGCUCGGCUCUUCUCCUCGGUGCAUGACGCUGUUCUGCACAGUCUGUCACUCCACUGA